GCACAGCAGAAGCAGAAGAGGAGAGAAGCAGAGAUGGCGAAUGUGUUGCGGGCGCGGGGUGUGGAGAGGAUACGCAGAGAUGGGACGGCGUUCUUGGCGGGGAUUUCGCUGACAGGGGAUGAGGAUGAGCCUGUUCUCGGGGCAAGCGACUCCGAGUACGACCAUGAGGAUGCAGAGACCGCGCUUGUGCGCAGACAGCAGCCGCAGCGGCCGAAAUCAGGACAUGCCAGCACCCGCCAUUCUUUCAUGGGCAUGGCAGCCACCGACCUGCUUGCAUCUGACGGCACCGAUCUCACGUCACAGCACCAGCAGUCGCAGCGCCGGCGCAGGCGCUUGACAAGUGGAGACAUGGAACGGCUGCGUGAUGCUUUCGCAACGUCGUCCACGUCGCAGGCACGCAGCAGCACGCGGCCAUCAAAGGCCAUGCCGAAGGUCACGUUUGUGUCGGACGUGAAGACCAACGCAGAGCUGCUGGUGAACACCCGCGUGCUCGUCACAAGCCCGCGCGGCGGUAUGCCACUCGCCGCUUUUAGCCUACUUCCCGCACGUGACACACGUCACAAGAAGCGCCGACGCCUCGAAAAAGCCAAGCAGGCCGACAAGUUCGAGAUCAAGCCCGUGCGCAAGACAAAGAGCUACGAGAAGCAGCUGCGGGACAUGCCGCAAGUGCACGAUCACGCCACGCUCGACGACCCGUUCCUGCACCACGGAAGGCACCAGAAGAUGCUGUCCCUCAAGUCAUACACGGUGUCCAUCAGCCACUAUGUGACGCCGGCGGAACUCAAAGAGGCGCUCAACGAGAGCUUCCGUGAACGCUUCCCAGACAUUCAACUCACCCUCUCCAAGCUGCGCAGUCUCAAGCGCGACAUGGUGGAGAUUGGCUGCGACAUGUGCAAGAUGGAGGUGUCGACGGUGGCGUUUGCCCACUACUACUUUGAGCACCUUGUGCUAAAGCGGUGGGUGACCAAGCCCACGCGCAAGCUCAUCCCGGCAUGCUGCCUACUGCUCGCCUUCAAGUUCAACUGCACCGCCCGCCCGUCCAUUGUCAAGCAGCGGCUGCAGCCGUUGUUCAAGGCGUGCGAGGACAAGUGGCGGCUGGCGCGGCACGACAUCCUCCUCAUGGAGAUGCCUGUCUUCUCCCAGCUCUCCUUCGACCUCAACGUUCCCGCUGCUACCGUCACGGCAUUUACCGCGCGCAUUCACGCCAAGCACCCGCACCUCUGUACCUGACGCCAGCUUGCUGAUCCUCGUUGAGGUGGCGUGCUUGUGUAUUCAUGCCACGCUUGUCCUACCAACGCGGCUGCACAUGGCAUUGUUCUCCCGCUGUGGCCGCUUCCGUUGUGUUACCCUCGCUGCACGCACAUCUGUCUUUGUUCUUGCGUUUGCUCGCUUCGUUCCUCUCAUAGACAGAUACACGCCAUACACACGGCAAUCGCCUUCUCUCUGUU